AUGAUUCGAACUGAUAGCAGCUUUGCUUGGAAUGCCAGUAAAAAUAAGAUCAUGAAUGUUUCCGGUAGCAUUUCUAAUAACACCUUCAGAAAUGGAACGAACAAUUACGAUAUUAUUAGGACUAUCGCCGCUCUUGCUACUUUCCCUUCUUUAAUUAUUGGAUGCAUUGCAAAUAUCUUUGUAUUUCGUAUUAUCACUUAUGAUCGUGAUUUCUAUAAGCCCACAUAUUAUUUAGUUCGUAUUUCUAUUAUUUCUGACACUGUUGUUACAUUAUUAGGUUGUGUAGCAGUUUUAGUCGGCGAUACUGUUAAGAUUAGUUAUGCUCUAGGUUCUAGUUUUUGCCGACUAUUUCUCUACACCAUAUUAAGUUCUUACUCCGUAUCUAUAUUUACUUUAUGCAUAAUAAGUAUUGAUCGAUAUUUUAUAACUUUAAAACCCUUUUCGAGAUUUUAUUUGCGUUAUAAAAGAAAAUUCUUAACUUCACUAGUAUUAUGUGCCGUAUUAAUGUCAGUUACUAUAAAUAUUCCAGUAAUAUUUUAUGUUGAUGUCUAUCCUGAUGACCCCGGGCUAUGCGAUUUUGUUAGUAUUGAUUCUUUCGCAAGAGCAUUUCUGAUGACAGCUAUCAUCACAAUGUACAUCGUACCAACUAUUAUUUUACUAUUCACAUAUGGCAGUAUAUACUGGCAUCAAUAUAACCAUAUUAGACCUGGAAAUAUUUCUGAACGAAGUCAAAAAGAUGAGCAAAUGAAAAGGAAAAAAUUCACUAAAGCUUUAAUUACUAUAACUGCAUCUUAUUUAUCGAUAACAUGGCCAUUCUUUGCUAUUGGAGUAGCUAUAAUCAUAACAGGAAAAUCACUACGAGAUAUAAAAAAUGAAAAUGCUACGUAUUAUAUUCUUUCUUUCUUAUCAUUUUCUACAACCCUUUUCAUAUCAGUAUUAAAUCCAUUUUUGUAUCUGAAAUUUGACUGCAAUAUUAAGAGAAAGGCUUGGCUUUACAUCCAAAAGUACUUCUUGUACAAGAACACUUCUAAACUACGAAUAAUAGCCAGCUAA